CUCCCGAUCGAUCAGUUGCCAUUGUCGUAGGUAGUAUAUUGGUAGACAUGGCGUGUUCGAGUUUAGUGAAGUUAAACGCAUCGUCCUCACAGUGGAUCGGUCAACAAUCCUUCAAUCAACGCCCUGGAUCGUCCUCCUCCUGCCGAUUCGCCACUCGCCGUGUCUCCGUCAUCCGCGCCGGAUCUUACUCCGACGAACUUGUCAAAACCGCCAAAUCUAUCGCAUCUCCUGGUCAUGGCAUCCUUGCCAUUGAUGAAUCAAAUGCCACCUGUGGGAAGAGGUUAGCAUCCAUUGGACUGGACAAUACGGAAGUCAACCGACAGGCUUACAGACAGCUUUUGCUGACCACUCCUGGCCUGGGUGAAUAUAUUUCUGGUGCUAUUCUCUUUGAGGAGACACUUUACCAGUCAACAACAGAUGGGAAGAAGUUUGUGGAUUGCCUGCGUGAUGAGAAUAUCGUACCUGGUAUCAAAGUUGAUAAGGGUUUGGUUCCUCUACCAGGAUCCAACAAUGAAUCUUGGUGCCAGGGAUUAGAUGGAUUGGCUUCUAGAUCUGCUGAGUAUUACAAACAAGGCGCUCGCUUCGCAAAGUGGCGCACAGUUGUCAGCAUUCCUUGUGGUCCUUCUGCUUUGGCUGUGAAAGAAGCUGCAUGGGGACUUGCACGCUAUGCUGGCAUUUCUCAGGACAAUGGUCUCAUGCCAAUUGUGGAACCUGAGAUUCUUCUUGAUGGGGAUCACCCUAUUGAGAGGACACUUGAGGUGGCUGAGCGUGUUUGGGCAGAAGUCUUCUACUACUUGGCAGAGAACAAUGUUAUGUUUGAAGGUAUCCUACUUAAGCCCAGCAUGGUAACCCCAGGGGCUGAGCACAAAGAGAAAGCUUCUCCGGAUACCAUUGCCAAAUACACGCUCACUAUGCUUAAGAGGAGAGUGCCUCCUGCAGUUCCAGGAAUCAUGUUCUUGUCGGGAGGACAAUCUGAAAUGGAAGCAACAUUGAACCUAAAUGCAAUGAACCAAAGUGCCAACCCCUGGCACGUUUCCUUCUCUUAUGCACGUGCUUUGCAGAACUCUGUGCUGAAGACCUGGCAAGGAAGUCCCGAGAAUGUUGAAGCUGCACAAAAGGCACUUUUGGCGCGUGCAAAAGCAAACUCCCUAGCUCAGCUUGGAAGUUACUCUGCAAAUGACGAGAGCGACGAAGCUAAGAAGGGAAUGUUUGUUCAGGGCUAUACCUACUAAGCCAGUGUUCCGUGUGUGCCUUUGCUGGUCCCUACUAGACUUGGUACUUUCUAUUUUUAAUUUUUUCCCCGUUAUUAGCUGUAAAUGCCAAGGAGGCCUACUAUUUUUGUUCGUGUCGUGUUUGCUUUUAUUUUGCAUAAUGAUUAGCGAGGAAAAAAGAUUAUUUCAAACUGCAACCCAUGAGAAGGUGGGGGGUUAGAGAAAGUGAGAAUGUACAAGUUAUGUUUUGUAAAAUACAUUUGGGUUUUUAAAAUGUUCUUAGAACUCAUCGCGUUUGCUUUUAUUUUGAAUAAUGAUUAGCGAGGGAAAAAGAUUAUUUCAAACUGCAACCCAUGAGAAGGUGGGGGGUUAGAGAAAGUGAGAAUGUACAAGUUAUGUUUUGUAAAAUACAUUUGGGUUUUAAAACGUUCUUAGAACUCAUCGCACUUGUGUAAAACUGAGAAA